CUUUGCCCCUUCCUCCUCCUAGCUUUGUUGUUCCUCUCCUCUCCUUUCCCCUCCCUCCCUCUUCUUGCGGAGAGAGAGCGAGCGAGACCCCCCUCACACACCAAUAGGAUUCAGCCAUGAAGGGGGCCAAAUCCAAGGGCGCCGCCAAGCCCGACGCCAAGUUGGCCGUCAAGAGCAAGGGCGCCGAGAAGCCCGCGGCCAAGGGCAGGAAGGGGAAGGCCGGCAAGGACCCCAACAAGCCCAAGAGGGCUCCCAGCGCUUUCUUCGUUUUUAUGGAGGAGUUCCGCAAGGAGUUCAAGGAGAAGAACCCCAAGAAUAAAUCUGUUGCUGCGGUAGGAAAAGCAGCCGGUGAUAGGUGGAAAUCUCUGAGCGAAGCGGACAAGGCUCCCUAUGUAGCCAAGGCUAAUAAGCUCAAGGCAGAAUACAACAAGGCCAUUGCUGCCUACAACAAGGGCGAGAGCACUGCCAAGAAGGCUCCUGCCAAGGAGGAAGAGGAGGACGACGAGGAGGAAUCUGACAAGUCUAAGUCCGAGGUCAAUGACGAGGACGAUGACGAGGGCAGCGAAGAGGAUGAAGACGAUGACGAGUGAGGGCUGUGGUCAAGAUGCUCCAGUGGACCAGAUGGGAGCAACAAGACGCAAUAGCCUAUGGCGGCGGGUGUCCAAAGGAGCCUAUCCAUCAUCUCUACUAGAAAUUAUUCAGUUUCACUUCACAUCGUGAUGUUUUACUUUUUCUCGUCCUAUAACGGAUAGCGCUCCUUGUUGGCGCCACUGGUGGGUGUUGUGGUGCAGCCAAUGUCUUGUCUCCACCGUCAAUGAUCCGCUUGUACCUAGAUUACUCUUUCCAUUGUCAUCGGCUAACAUUGUGAUAAUAUCAGUUUGCGUAUGUUAGAUUAAAUUGCUGCU